ACUCCUGGAGGAGGCGGCGGCGGCGGGAGGGCUCGGCGCCUCGGGGUGUCUGGGGCCGCUGGGGCGUCGGGCGGCGGCGGCUCCUCCCCCGUCCCCCGGACGCGGGCGCGUUACUCAUUAACUGCGCGGUCCCGAGCUCCCGCGGCUGUGAACCCGAAUCCCGGUUACCUGUUGGCGGGGCGCGCGCAGCUCGGAGCGGGGGGAGGUUCUAAGGGGGGGUGGUUCUAAGAGAGUUCCCGAACAAGUGUGGAGCCCGGCUCUGCGCGGGACCUGAAGUGGGGUGAAGCAGUAGGCAUGGAUCUGCGGUCUUAGUAAAGGACAAGCGAGGUUCCAUGCCGAGGCGUAGAGGUCACCCUCGGCAGGUUUCGGCGAAACUUGGGGGGCCAGAGCAAGCGCCCGGAGUCGUGCCUUAGGUGGCAGCGCAUUUCGGCCAGACUUUUGUUUCGGGGGAGUUGAGACGAGCUGCACCGACGUAAUUGUAAUUACACUGCCCUUCCAGCGUUGACAACUCUCUCCGACCGCCCGGGGACCAGCAAGCUCUAAUGGACUCUAGAAGUGAUGAUGUUAGGUGGAAUCCGCAUUACGUGAAGAGUUGCAAGUUGUUACGGGAUUAAGAAAACAAAUCUAUAAUGGCUAAAGGCCCUCGGGGUAAUCAUUUAGUGGCUCACAACAGGCUGCGAGCCAUCUCUUCAGUCCAUUUUCAUAGCGCCGUUCUUAGAACUUGGUGCCAGGAUUUGCCCUGAGGAGAUGAAGCUGGCGAUCAUUCUUCCAUUCUAUAUAGAAGAAACACAACUGGUUAUCUUAUGAUGAGGCUUUUGCUAUGGCUAAUGACCCCUUGGAAGGCUUCCAUGAAGUAAACCUUGCUUCACCUACUUCUCCAGACCUUCUUGGUGUGUAUGAAUCAGGAACUCAAGAGCAGACUACCUCACCAAGUGUCAUCUAUCGGCCACAUCCUUCAGCUCUGUGCUCUGCCCCUAUUCAGGCUAAUGCCUUAGAUGCUUCCGACCUUCCCACACAACCUGUGUAUUCAUCCCCCAGACGUUUAAAUUGUGCAGAAAUAUCUAGUAUCAGCGUCCAUGUUACAGAUCCAGCGCCUUGUUCUACCUCUGGAGUCACAGCUGGGAUAACAAAAUUAACUACGAGAAAGGACAACUGUAAUGCAGAGAGGGAGUUUUUACAGGGUGCUACUAUAACAGAGGCUUGUGAUGGCAGUGAUGAUAUUUUUGGGUUGAGUACUGAUAGUCUGUCCCGUUUACGAAGCCCAUCUGUUUUGGAAGUCAGAGAAAAGGGCUAUGAAAGAUUAAAAGAAGAACUUGCAAAAGCUCAGAGGGAAGCUCAUAAGAUGGUGAGAGAAGCAAAUGUCAAGCAGGCGACAGCAGAAAAACAGCUAAAGGAAGCACAAGGAAAAAUCGAUGUCCUUCAAGCUGAAGUAGCUGCAUUGAAGACACUUGUCUUGUCCAGUUCUCCAACAUCACCUACACAAGAGCCUCUGCCAGGUGGAAAGACACCUUUUAAAAAGGGGCAUACAAGAAAUAAAAGUACGAGCAGUGCUCUCAGUGGCAGUCAUCAGGACCUCAGUGUGAUACAGCCAAUUGUAAAAGACUGCAAAGAGGCUGACUUAUCUCUGUAUAAUGAAUUCAGAUCUUGGAAGGAUGAUCCCACAAUGGAUAGAUCGUGUCCUUUCUUAGACAAAAUUUAUCAGGAAGAUAUCUUUCCAUGUUUAACAUUCUCAAAAAGUGAGUUGGCUUCAGCUGUUCUGGAGGCUGUGGAAAACAAUACUCUGAGCAUUGAACCGGUGGGAUUACAACCUGUUCGAUUUGUGAAAGCUUCUGCAGUCGAAUGUGGAGGACCAAAAAAAUGUGCUCUAACUGGCCAGAGUAAGUCCUGUAAACACAGAAUUAAAUUAGGGGACUCAAGCAACUAUUAUUAUAUUUCUCCUUUUUGCAGAUACAGGAUCACCUCUGUAUGUAACUUUUUUACAUACAUUCGAUAUAUUCAGCAGGGGCUCGUGAAACAGCAGGAUGUUGAUCAGAUGUUUUGGGAAGUUAUGCAGUUGAGAAAAGAGAUGUCGUUGGCAAAGCUGGGAUAUUUCAAAGAGGAACUCUGAUGCUCUGCCUGGGACCAUGCGUGAACCUCCCUGAAUACCUGGAAGAUGGCUGAAUAUUUUUAUGGUUACUUGAUAUUUAUUUCCAAGGAGUGGGCCCAAGACUUUUUCCCUCUUUUGCAGAUUACACUAAGAAGUACUGUGAUUUCUUUUAAAUUGACCUAUGCUGUGUUUGCUUACUCUUUAGUCGAACACACUAUAAAGAAUUACAGGUGUACUAGGGAUUGUAAUUUAUAGUUGCAAAAAAAAACUAAAUAAAGAAAUACAUCAACGUUAGAUUGAA